AUGAGUAGAGCAUCUCUUGAUGUUGAUCUUCUUUUUGCAACCGCAAAUGAUGAUGCUAAUCGUGAUUCGAUAAUAGUAACUCUUGAAGAAACAAAUACAACAAGUGCUACAGAUCUUUAUUCUGAAACAAGUUGGACAUUGAUUGAUGACGGUUCAACAGGUAUUAGUGCAUCGACUUAUUCUAAUCGUUUAACAUAUGUUUCUCAACAAUAUUUCUCCAAUACAAUUGCUUUUAGAAGUUAUCGACUUCUUGUUAUUUCAAAACGUAGUAAUGAGAAUUCAGUUCAAUAUGCCGAAGCUCAUAUAAUCGGAUAUAUUUAA